UUCCGUCCACUCGGUACCCCUCCCCAGCCCCCGUUGGCUACUUGUGCGCCGACGGACCGAGCGCUGGGGACCCGGGGGCGUCCGAGGAAGGUGGAGGGGGCCUCGCGAGACCCUGCUGCGUCCCGGGCCGCGGCACUGAAUCACCGGAGAGGUUUCUGCAAGCACGUGAAUGAGCCAGACACCAGACGCUGCCCCUGGGUGCCCAGUGUGAGAAGAGGCAGCAACGAGCCCGCCAGGAGCUGGAGGCCCGGCAGCCACUGCCAGCUGAGCCCCCUGCUGGACCCGUGGCCCGGGCCCGGGCCACUCCAGAUGAGGACAGAGAGCCUGAGAAUGCCCGAAUGCAGCGGACACAGAUGGCCGCACUGGCUGCUAUGCGGGCCGCUGCCGCAGGACUGGGACAUCCACCCAGCCCUGACUGCUCUGAGGAUGGGCCCCCAGGCUCAGAGGAUGAGGACAAAGCUCCAGAGGGGCCACCAGAUUCCCCUACCAUGCCUGGCCGAGGCAGAGAGGGACCGGGACACACAGAAGGAGAUGGUCACUUUGAGGAUGUGGGCUCGGAUGAUGACCUGAAGCCAAAGUGGGAGGAGGAAGAAGAGCUCGAGGAAGACCUGGGGGACGAGGAUGAGGAUGAGGAUGACUAUGAGGACGAGGAGGAUGAGGACGAGGAAGGGCUGGGCCCCCCGGGCCCUGCUGGCCUGGGCUCUGCAGGCCUGUUCCCUCGCAAGGCCCAGCCAGCCCAGGCCUUCCGUGGAGACGGUGUUCCACGGGUACUGGGUGGCCUGGAGCGGCCUGGACCCAUACCAGCCCACCCUGGAGGGGCUGCCCAUGUGACAGCCCAGCUGCAGCCACCGGACCAUGGAGACUGGACGUACGAAGAGCAGUUCAAGCAGCUCUAUGAACUUGAUGGGGACCCCAAGAGGAAGGAGUUUCUGGAUGACCUAUUCAGCUUCAUGCAGAAGCGCGGCACACCCGUGAACCGCAUCCCAAUCAUGGCCAAGCAGGUGCUGGACUUGUUUAUGCUGUACGUGCUGGUGACGGAGAAGGGAGGCCUGGUGGAGGUCAUCAACAAGAAGCUGUGGCGAGAGAUCACCAAAGGCCUCAACCUGCCAACGUCCAUCACCAGUGCUGCCUUCACCUUGCGGACCCAGUACAUGAAGUACUUGUACCCUUACGAGUGUGAGAGGCGAGGCCUGAGCAGUCCCAAUGAACUCCAGGCAGCUAUCGACAGCAACCGUAGGGAAGGCCGGCGCCAGAGCUUCGGGGGCUCACUGUUCGCAUAUUCACCAGGCGGGGCCCAUGGCAUGCUGUCCUCGCCCAAGCUACCCGUGCCUUCCCUGGGCUUGGCUGCCAGCACCAAUGGCAGCUCCAUCACCCCAGCCCCCAAGAUUAAGAAAGAAGAGGACUCAGCCAUCCCCAUCACAGUCCCUGGCCGCUUGCCGGUGUCCCUAGCAGGCCACCCCGUGGUGGCAGCCCAGGCGGCUGCUGUGCAAGCAGCAGCAGCCCAAGCAGCUGUAGCAGCCCAGGCGGCUGCCCUGGAACAACUCCGGGAGAAGCUAGAGUCUGGAGAGCCUCCCGAGAAGAAGAUGGCUCUGGUAGCAGAUGAACACCAGCGGCUCAUGCAGCGAGCACUGCAGCAGAAUUUCCUGGCCAUGACGGCCCAGCUGCCCAUGAGCAUUCGGAUCAACAGCCAAGCCUCUGAGAGCCGCCAGGACUCAGCCGUGAACCUGACGAGUGCCAAUGGCAGCAGCAGUAUUAGCAUGUCUGUGGAGAUGAAUGGCAUCAUGUAUACAGGAGUGCUGUUUGCCCAGCCACAGGCCCCCACGCCAUCCUCAGCUCCCAGCAAAGGCGGUGGUGGUGGUGGUGGUGGGAGUGGCAACAACAACACUGGCAGCCGGGGAGGAACCGGUGGGACCAGCAGCAGCAGCAGCAGCAGCACGGGCAGCCAGGCCGGGUCAGCAGGGCUGUCUGCACCCCCAUCUUCUACCUCAAAUAAUUCCUUGCCUUAACUAACCACAUCGCAUCACUGCCCACCCAGCACCUCCCCCAGGAGCUGCCAGCCGGGCAGGGGCUCCAGGUGGUCACACAGGGGCCAGGAGGCCGAAGAAACGGGUGGGGUGGGCAGAGAUCCACAGCAGAGCUACAAUGACGCCAAAA